CACCGCCAUCAUGUUCAGUAUCGGCCCUCCCAGCUCAUCCUCUGGCUCCCAAUCAUCCAGCAUAGACGUCUCACCCAGCAGAGGAUCAGAAUGGUCCACCACCUCUGAACCUCCGACCGACCCAAAGACCCCUGAGAAGCGCUCAUCGUCCAAGUCGUCCAAAUCGUCCACUGAGUCAUACUGGUCUGACGACAGCGACACACCCGUCAGACCUCGUUUCCGUUCGAUCAGAAGAACCAGAAACUUGUCCCCUAGAGAUACUUCUGACGAAAGAUCUCUGCUCUCGACUCUCGAUUCUGGAACAGACUCUGGUUCCGAAGAAACUACCGAGCCCACCUCUGAGCACUCGGACGAUCAGAGCGAGGAUCCCUACUGCGAUGCCUUCCCUAACCCCGAAACUUGGGAGCCCCAGCAUGACACCAGAAACAUCGACCCUCUGAAGCUGGAGACUAACCAUUCCCAGAUCGCCAUCCACUCUGACUUCAAGCAGCCACGCGAAGCAUGGGGUCUGCCCGCAUUGAAGUUGCGCUGCCCCAACGACCCUCGCCGCCACCCUUACCACAUCUACCAGUGGAACACCAAGAAGCUCAACUGCUACUUCGAACACGAGAGCGACUGCCAGCUCUGCGGCGCUUCCUGCUGCUCAGUCAAAGCCUACACCAAAGCCAUCAGCGAAGACCCUCGCCCCAACCCCGUAGUGCCUCUGAAGUAUCGCAAGGCCUUCCAGCGCGACAUUGACGAGAUCAAUAUCAUGAAGCCCAAGACCAGCGACCCUUUUGAGAGAAUGCUCAAGUGCGAUACUUGUUACCGCAAUGUUUGUCCUGAUUGCGCUGGUCGCUGCAUGAAGUCUGCUUGUCUGCGCAUUAUCUGCAACUCUUGCGGUGAUCCUAACCCUUGGUAUCAUUGCCAGUGCGAGAUGAGUGGGNGUAUGGUCAAGAUUAGCUACAUU